GCUUUUCCAGUCUGGACUCGUGGCCUCGCAGAGCUAAUCUCCUCAGCUUCUCUUGAGUAAUCCACACCCCCCGACCUCCACCUACUACCCAGGUAGCACGAUCUCCCCGCAUCUCCCCGCAUCGCUCGCAGCCCUAGGACACGUCGCCACUACCGCCUGCGCCCGCCGCCGACACUCUGCCGGAUCUCCUGCACCACCGGGCAUGGCGCGGGCUCCACACCAGCUCCCCCUGACACUCCGCCGGAUCUCCCGCACCACCACCGGGCCAUCCAUGGCGUGGGCUCCAACACCCGCUCCUUCCGCUUCCCCGGCCAUGGCGCAGGCAGUUUGGCGGCCAUGCUCAUGCCCAGCACCGGCCGUCUCGCUGAGCCAUCUCUUCCAGGAGGUCGCGCAUCGGAAGAAGGCCGUCUCCCCCAAGAAGAAGUACCCGCGGCCUAUCCUCGCCGCUAUCCGCCGCCGACCGUACCUGGAUGGAUGCCUCCUCGAGGCCAAGCUUGCGUGGCUGCGGCAAUCCGGCUUUCUUGGCGUCAACACAGUCUGCAUCCAUCCAGUACUCUAUCCACCAAAUGCGCAUUGGCGGUUGUGCAUUAAGGCCUCUGCUUCCCUUCAUCGCGCCUGAUGCAUGUCAUGGCGCUCGCGCCUUCAAGCUCCAGCACUAGCUCCGCCUUCCCGCGUCACGUGAUAACCCACAAGUAUAGGGGACCGCAACAAUUUUCAAGG